GCAGGUUAUUCUGAAUCGAGAGUAAAAGCUGAACUUACUGACAAAGUGAGCAACCUGACCAUUUUAAAAGCAGCUCAAGAAGAUGAAGGAAUGUAUCACUGUGGCUUUACUGACUGGAACCAAAAUGUUUGGCAGGGGCUCUACUUGUUAAUAAAAGGAAACACUGUGGGAACGUCAAACUACAGAGUAGUUCAGAAGAAGAUGGUAUCAGAUUCCAGUGGUCCAGACGGUUAUGUGACUCUCCAGUGCUCCAUCCUCUCAGAUUUUGAGAACAAGACUUGUUCAGAAGAUCCCAGUGUGUUCUGGUUCCGAUCAGAUAAAUCUCACCCGGAUAUCAUCUACACAGAUGGAAACGGAACUAACAGAUGUCAGAGGAAAAUCAAUAACCGGACAAAAUGGGUUUAUAAUUCCUCUAAGAACAUCAGCUCCUCUGAUGCUGGGACUUACUACUGUGCCGUGGCCACAUGUGGAGAGAUAUUAUUUGGAAAUGGAACAAAGCUGGAAGAGCGAGAGGCAGACCCUGAAUUUCCCGUACUAGUGAUAGCUGUGACCUGUUUGAUUAUUUCCAUGAUUAUAAAUGCUGUUUUUGUCUUUUACCGAGCUCCAAGAGCAGCAUGUAAACAAUUUAAAGAAGUAGACAGCGCCUCUUCAGAAGAAAGAUGGAGGAACUUGAGUCAGCAAGGCGAUCUAAUUAAUGAAGAUGGGCGGGAUCUGAAUUAUGCAGCUUUACACUUCGGUGCUGGGAAAGCUACAAGAGGAAAGAAGAGAAAAGAGACCGAGGACAGUGUGUACUCCCAAGUUAAGCUCUGAAAUCUGUUUA